AUGGAGAGAAAAAAUGUUACAACAGUGACAGAAUUCAUUCUUCUGGGAUUGCCUCUGAGCUACCAGUUACAAAUCCUGCUGUUUGUGGUCCUCUCUGUAUGCUAUGUAAUAACUAUAGUGGGUAAUACAACAAUACUUGUAGUUAGCUUGACAGAUGCUCAGCUUCAUACUCCUAUGUAUUUCUUUCUUAGUAACCUGGCUCUGUUAGAUAUUUGUUUCACAUCUGCUAUUGUUCCUAAAGUGAUUUACAAUUUAAUUAGUGGAAGUAAAACUAUCACUUUUCAUGGAUGUCUUGCGCAGUCAUAUAUCUACUUUCUCUUUGGCACUACAGAAUUCUUGCUCCUGGCAAUGAUGUCUUUUGAUCGGUACGUGGCUAUCUGUCACCCUCUACGAUAUGGAGCUAUUAUGAAACCAAAGCUUUGCCUGAAGUUGAUUCUGUGCUCCUGGAUAGGAGGAUUCCUUGACACAAUUGCUCAAACCAUCCUCACUUUCCGACUGCCAUUUUGUGGCUCAAAUAUUAUUGACCAUUACUUUUGUGAUGUUGCUCCUUUACUGAAGCUGGCAUGUGGUGAUACCUAUCUUAUAGGGAUGUUGGACCUUAUACUGGCAUCAUCUUUGGUCUUGGGAUCAUUGUUAUUCUCCAUGGUUUCCUAUGGUUGCAUUAUAUUUGCCAUUACAAAUAUUUCUUCUGCAGCUGGACAAAAGAAAACAUUCUCCACCUGUGCUUCACACCUUACAGUGGUAUUCAUAGUGUAUGGGAGUUGCAUCUUUAUGUGCAUCAAUCCCUCCAAGAAUUCAAAGAUUGACUCCACCAAAAUUGUUGCAUUGCUUAACAGUAUACUUACCCCUCUUCUUAAUCCUUUAAUUUAUAGCUUUAGGAACAAGAACUUUAAAGAUGCACUAAAACGCACAAUAAAGAAGAAA